AUGGCUACCCUCCAACUUGUUCUAUCGAUAUGGCACUCUUAUCGAGCCUAUAUACUAGUCGUAUUACUAGGUGUCUUUAUCCUCGUCUCUAAAAUCUCGAAUCAACGCAACCAAUUGGCUCCUACACCCCUCGCUAGUGAGACGUCUACCGCCAAACCGGAAAAGCAAGACACUGCUCGAAGAGUCCCUGAUGGCCCUAUUCAGUCAGAGAAGACACUUGUUGCAGGCGCUACAAGUACGGCAUCCUCAAAGGGUGAAACAAAAACUGGCCCAAAGAGACUGCGUGGCACGAAACCGCUGAAGGGGGACGUCAAAGAAUCUCAAAUCACCGCGAUCCGACCACUUGUCUUCUUUACCUCGCUUACGGGCUCUACCGAAAAAAAGGCCCGAUACGUCUUUGAACGGUUAAAGACCAAGCUUGAAUCAGCACCCCAGGACGUUCAAUGCAAACUCCUCGCCCCCGAGAUACACGACAUAUCCUACAUCGACUUUGAUGACUAUUUCGUCACCGCGCCUAAGCCACCCCCUUCAGAACCCGGGACGUCAUUCGUCUAUUGCAUUAUACUGCCUAGCUACGAUAUAGACAGCAUCAUCAACAAUUUCCUAGACCACCUGGACGAAACUCAUAAUGAUUUCCGUAUCGAUACAUCCCCUUUGUCAGGACUAGCGGGUUAUUCCGUAUUUGGCCUCGGUGAUAAAGAGGGAUGGCCCACGGCGGAAGAAGGGUUCUGCUCACAAGCUGUGGCUGUUGACAAGUGGAUGGCAAAAUUGACUGGGAAAAGACGAGCGUAUCCACUCGGGCUAGGAGACGUUAAGAGCAACGCAGAACAUGCCUUGCAGGAGUGGUGUGAUGGAAUCGUUGGGGUGCUCCAUGAUAUAUCUGAGAACGGUGGCGGUUUAGGCGAAGGUGUCCCUGGUAGCGGUGACCCGAUUGAGAGCGACGAGGAAGACGCCGAGGACGAGGAGCCGGCUGGAAACCCUAGCCGUCCAAGACGAGCAAAGGCUAAAAGUUCCCAGGUUACAGAUCUCGAAGAUAUUAAAUUCAAGCCUGAAGAUCUUCUCGAUGACGAACCAAUUGAUUUCACGACUUAUUCCACCACAAAGGCGUCGCCGCCUCCUAGCAAGGAGAUGGUGCCAUCAACUUCGCCAACGUAUGCCGCAUUGACGAAACAAGGGUACACGAUCGUUGGAUCUCACUCAGGCGUGAAGAUAUGCCGAUGGACCAAAUCUGCCCUUCGUGGUCGUGGUUCCUGCUACAAAAAUUCUUUUUACGGUAUCAAAUCACAUCUUUGCAUGGAGUCUACACCCUCUCUAUCCUGCAGUAACAAAUGCAUUUUUUGCUGGCGACAUGGAACAAAUCCAGUUGGCACGACAUGGCGCUGGAAAGUCGACCCUCCUGAUCUCAUUUUCAACGGUGUCAAAGAAGGACACUACAAGAAAAUCAAAAUGCUGCGAGGCGUCCCGGGCGUGAGAGCUGAGCGAUUUGCGGAAGCGAUGCGGAUCAGGCAUUGCGCGCUGAGCUUGGUCGGCGAGCCGAUAUUUUACCCUCACAUCAACGAGCUACUCUCCCUUCUUCACGGCGAGCAUAUUUCAAGUUUCCUCGUCUGUAACGCACAGCAUCCGGAUGAAUUGGCCGCACUUCAAAGAGUAACCCAGCUCUACGUCUCUAUCGAUGCAAGCAAUAAGGAAAGUCUACGCAAGAUCGAUAGACCACUACACCGAGAUUUCUGGGAACGCCUCCAACGCUGCCUCGUCAUCAUUCGGGAAAAGAGAAAGAUACAUCGAACCGUAUUUCGACUUACACUCGUUAAGGGGUUUAAUGUCGAGGAUGAGGUGGAAGGUUAUGCCGACCUCGUCGAGAAAGGUUUACCCUGCUUUAUCGAAAUAAAGGGUGUCACUUACUGCGGAACGAGCUCCAGCUCUGGUGCCGGCUUGACGAUGCAGAAUGUUCCGUUUUACCAUGAAAUCGUUACCUUUGUAGUCGCUCUUAACGAGGAACUAGAACGACGUGGCCUUGCCUACGGUAUAUCUGCCGAACACGCCCAUAGCUGCUGCAUUCUACUUGCAUCCAACCGUUUCCUGGUCAACGGUAAAUGGCACACGAGGAUUAACUAUGAGCGCUUUUUCGAACUCCUCGAACGUGAACAACGCACUGGCGAAUCGUUUACACCUGAAGAUUAUAUGCGAGAGACUGAAGAGUGGGCCCUGUGGGGUAACGGGGGGUUCGACCCCAGUGACCAGAGGGUGCAUACUAAGGGGAAGAAUAAGGGGAAGAUCGGAGUACCGCCUCCUUCAGGGAAGGUUCUGGCUGGCAUUGCUUAA